GGGGGAACGUCCCGUGGUCCCGGCCUGUAGCUCCCACCGCGGGUUGGUUCUCCGACAGUCCCUGCUCUGUGUUUCUGCUCAGUGUGCCUGCAGCCACAUAAAGACUGCUCCAUAACUCUGAUUUUCUUUGCCUCCGAUCCUCUAAUGAUGAGAAUGUCCUUGAGGGUCUCUCUCAUAGCUGCAUUUCUAGUAUUCUAUGUGCUGUUAAGUUGUGCUCUGGAACACGAGAAGAGGGGAAGCGAAUUUGAAAGCCCUGACAGGCGCGUUGACGGCGGCGUCGGGGUGAGGAGGAACGACACGGCCGCUAAUGACGGGAGAGCCGAGGCUGCGGCUCCGCGAGGGAAGGUCAAAAAGACGACGAGGAGGAGAAUGUUAACGGGGCCGAGGAGCGACCACGGCUGCACCGGGCUGGGGGGCAUCUGCCAGUCAAAGCGAUACAUCUGCCAAGGCCGGUACCUGAAAGGCAAAUGUUCAGGAGCCAAGUCGAGGCGGUGCUGCGUUCAAGCUGGAGCUUGGAGUGUCCUUUGUGCAGGUCACCACAACAACAGAGUGCGGGCCUGUGAUGCGCACGGCUGCGGAGCUUUCAACUCCAAAAGAGAUAACGGCCUGCAUAAAGCAGUGGACCUGGUGUGUGAUGACUACGGGAUCAUCAACACUCCGUUCACUGGCUCUCUGGCGGGCCCUGUGAGUCGGAAGGACACAGCUGGUAAUCGGUACGAUGGGGUCAAACUUCUCAGCGAUGUGCACUGCGUCCACAUCUUCAACAUCCGUCCGUACCGUUACUCAGGUCCGGUGGCUCAGGGAGAAGCCUUAGGAUACCUGUUACCGCUGCAGGAACGCUUCUCCGGCAUUACAUCACAUCUGGAGCUGCAAAUGUGUGAUGGUACUGACCCUUCACCUUUCAUAUGAACCAUGAUCUUGAAUGAAUUUUUUUAUACAACUUCUCAGUUGACUUUAAGAUAUGAGCCACGAUAAUGCCUAAAGAUGUUUAUAACCAGUUAUGUGCUUUUAACUUUCCUCUGCCCUAUGAAGGAGCAAUUUUAAUUUUAAUAUUUCUGACAUAACUGACAUCUUACAACCUCUAAUGUCUCAUUCUAAUAACAGAAAUUUAUUUUUCUUACCAGCUUGUAAUUACCAGCUCUUGAAUAACUGAUGACAAUCUCUCAGUUACUCCUCCUGAAUAUUUUUGUAUUAUCAUUAUUAUCUUUUUCCAGUGUUUCCAUUUUGAAAAAAAAAGGAAUAUUCCAGAAUAUAUAUUUUUCUUCUUCAUUUCUGUAAAAAAAUAAAUAAAUAAAUAAAACAUGUUCCAUUCCACAACAUGGAUUAAUUUUAUGC